AUAAGAUAGAGAAUACGAAUUAUUUAUACGAAUCGCAGAAAGAAUCAGUUUGAAGAUAUCGGAGCCGAGAGCGCUUGAACUUCCUGCAAAAUGGGCACAGCAACUGUACUGAGCAAUGAAAAAUGUAGAAAUGAUAACGUAAACAUUGACGAAAAUUCCAUCGAGGCAUUCUUCGCCAACACGGUGAUCAUGCUGACCGGAGCGACCGGUUUCUUGGGGAAAGCUCUUAUGGAAAAGUUGCUGCGCUCGUGUCCCCGUCUAACCGCCAUUUUUAUUCUAAUCCGGCCGAAAUUAAACCAAACAGUCGAGCAACGACUCAAGCAACUCAUGAAAAAUCCCAUUUUCGAUCAAAUCAAGGAAACCAACCCCUCGCUUUGUAACAAAAUCAUCCCCAUAAAGGGCGACGUGGCUCAGCCAAACUUGGGUCUUUCGCCGGAAGAUCGAAAUUUAAUAACACAGAAAGUGAACAUAGUGUUUCACAGUGCGGCCACAGUGAGAUUCAACGAACCGUUGAAAGUAGCCGUUAAUUUGAACACGAAAGGCACCAAUCGCAUGAUAGAUUUAUGCAAGGACAUAAAGAAUCUAAUUAGUGUCGUCCACGUUAGUACAGCUUACAGUAAUCCAAAUCGGCUGGAGGUCAAUGAAACGAUUUAUCCCUCGAGCAUAGAGCCAUCUACGAUAAUCGAUUUGUGCGAUAAUCUAGAUGACGAGGUUCUCAAUGAACUAGAGAAAAAGAUUAUCAAGAAUCAUCCGAACACGUACACAUUCACGAAAAAUUUAGCAGAGCAACUUAUACUCAAGAAUGCUAAAGAUUUGCCUAUCUCGAUAGUGCGACCAAGUAUAAUCGCUGCAGCUAUGAGAGAUCCAUAUCCCGGAUGGAUAGACGGUACCUUUGGAAUUACAGGAAUCGCAAUACAGAUCGGCAGAGGUGUGAUCAGAACGUUUCUAGGCAAAUCGUAUUUAAAUCUGGAUAUGGUGCCUAUUGAUUACGUGGUUAACACGAUAAUAUGCGCCACGUGGUACAACACGGUGUGCCAUGAUAAUACCAUUAAAGUUUACAACUGUACAAAUAAUGGGAAUCCUAUCAAUUGGGGUAUGCUUAAAACACUGGUUGAGAAGCACGUCAUAAAAUCACCACUGAAACACUUAGUGUGGUACCCAAGUUGCAAAAUUAUAAGCAACAGAUUUAUAUACAACAUUCUAUCGUUUUUUCUACACUAUUUCCCCGCAUUACUCAUCGACACCUUUCUAAAAAUCCUAGGUUAUAAGCCCAUGAUGCUAAAAAAUAUUAAAUAUUGCGAACGUAUGAUGGGAGUGUGUGAACACUUCACCAUGAACGAAUUUACCUUCUCUAUGGAUAACACGGAUGGUCUAUUAAAGAAGAUGCAAACAUUGGAUGAUUGUAAUAAUUUCACUGCCAGCAUGAAAAAUUUAAAUUGGGACACCUACAUGGAGUAUUACAUAUUAGGAAUUAAGAAAUACAUCUUAAAUGAAGACUCUAAAACUGCAAGUAUAGGUCGAAGUCGAUUGUUAGUAUUUUACUGGAUACAUCAAUUUACUCAAAUAUUGAGUAUAAUCAUUUUACUGGCAAUGACAUUACGUAUCACCUUUUGA